ACCUUCAUGCCUUAAUAAUUUCUUGCGUUUUAAUUCAAAAUGUAAUGAUACUUUCAUCGGAAUGAAACCCCCAAAAAUAACUACAGUAUGGAUAUGGGCUCAUGUCAUUUCAGUGCACCAUUGCCAAAGACUGGAGCAAUCUUCAGAGGAGAAUGCAACUCUCCACUUGUAUCUGAGGGUGUUUUCUUUUUGUUUCCGAUUGUAUGUCUCAGUCUCUUCUUGCUGAACGCUGUACGUGUUAAUACUACGUGUAAAGAAGUGUCUCCCGUUCUCGGUUUUUGAUGCAUUCCCACUUAGUUUUUCAGUUUGUGUCCUCUGGUGCAUGUCUCACCGUUUAUUCCAAAGACGACCACUGGGUUGAUUAUUACACUCAGCUGACUAAAAAACAUUGCUUUGUUUGUCUAAAAAAAAAUCAAGUCACGAAUUACAAGCAGGGAGCUCUCGACCGAUUUGUGCACAGAUGCUAGCUGGAGGUCCAGAGUUCGGGUGUUCUGGGUGUCUGGUUGUGGAGUGGGACAAAUCGCAGCUACAACUGUAAUAAAAACAGGGGUUCGUUCCAGGAACUUUGAGGCACCAACAUGUCUGGUCAUCCCUUCCACGUUGACACCCCCUUGCUGGAGAGCCUGGCACUGUCUAAAAGAGCAGGAACCCCUGUUUACCUCAAGAUGGACAAUGCCCAGCCCUCGGGCUCCUUCAAGAUCCGGGGGAUCGGACACCUGUGUCAGAAGGCUGCAGUCUCUGGAUGCAAGGGCUUUGUCUGCUCUUCAGGGGGAAAUGCUGGCCUGGCUACAGCGUAUGCAGCAAGGAAACUCAACAUCCCGGCCACUAUCGUCAUACCCGGCUCAACCUCUGACCUUGUAGCCCAGAAACUCAGGGACCAGGGAGCCAAUGUGCAGGUGUUCGGAAAAGUGUGGGAUGAUGCUAACGAGGAGGCCCAACGACUGUCUCAGACUGAGGGGCUGAUGUUCAUCCCGCCUUUUGAUCACCCAUUGGUCUGGCAAGGCCAUGCCAGCGUGGUGAGGGAGCUGAAGGCCUUCAUGCCUUCCAAGCCUGGAGCUCUAGUAGUUGCAGUAGGGGGAGGGGGUCUGCUGUGCGGGGUGGUGAAAGGAUUGAAAGAGGUGGGCUGGGAUGACGUGCCAGUUAUUGCCAUGGAGACCAAAGGUGCUGAUUGUCUGAAUGCUGCAGUGACUGCUGGGAAGUUGGUCACUCUUCCAGACAUCACCAGCGAGGCCAAGUGUCUGGGGGCCAAGACUGUGUGCAGCCAAGCCUUUGACUACGCCAGGGAGGGAAACAUCAUCUCUGAAGUCGUCAGUGACCAAGACGCACUGCAGGCAGUGGAGCUCUUUCUAGAUGACGAGCGCGUUCUGGUGGAGCUGGCGUGUGGCGCCGGGCUGGCGGCCGUCUACACUGGGCUGAUCCAGAGGCUGCAGGACCGGGCCCGGCUUCCCCGCCCACUGGGCCCGCUGGUCAUCCUGGUGUGUGGAGGCAGCAGCAUCAGCCUGGCCCAGCUAAACCACUACAGAAACAAGCUACAGGCCUGAACCCGCGAGACAGGGAGUCCAGAAGCAAGAAACCUGCUUCAUUAAAGAUCUUGUAAAUAUAGUACUGAUUAGACAUACAUUAUAGACUCAAGAAGUAUUAUCCAGCCAAAAGUCCCACCUGUCAACACAAACAGUACUCCGUUCUCUUUAAAACCCACUUUACUCUGUAUAGAACUCCCAACUUUCAACAUUCCACGCGAGAGGGACGCGACACUUGCUUUCGAUUGGAAUUAAUUUAAAUUUAAAUUAAUGACAAUCACGAAUUGCCAAAAUUGAGACAUGAUCAGAAACGGAGUUUAGAUUUAAAGUCAGUUUGCAUGAGUGUCAACAGUGCAGUUGCGGUGCAGGAAUGUUUUGCUGCGUAUCUUUGCCUUGCUGUGCUGCAGCUUUCAUGGAACUCCCUUUUCCUGAGUCGCAUCAAGGAGGGAGGUGGAGAGUUUCUGCCACAAUCAGCAUGAACAAGCCCAUGCUUCUUACGUCUUUCCUCCAAACAUAGCUGCAGAGAAAAUGUUCAUCUUUUAAUUUAAUUAAUUUACAGUGAAAACAUAUAUGUACCUUUGUAUUUAAUGGAAACACUUCCAAGUUGUUAAUGAUCUAAAGUUCUUAGAUGGGUGACAAUAGGCAGGGUUAGAGCGUGACCUCUGAACAUUCUUUAGCACUCUAAAAUAGUUGUAGUUCAAAUACUGGACAGAAGAUGUCGCUAUCGCAUUUUCCUCUUUCAUUAUGAACGCCUCUCCUCUCGACACAAGUCAGUGUCUUCUCUCUUUUUUCAGUUAUAGAUCCUGAGAGGUGCACAUACUGUAUCUGACACUCAUGGUGCAUAUGUGGAAUGCAAAUAUAGAUGACUGGUAUACUUUUAAUUAAUAAGUACCAAGUCUCUAUGAAUCAGAAUCAUAAGAACAAAGCAUCUUCUAAUAUGAAUGUGAUCACACCAUUUUCUCCAGUGUUUUAUGUCCACCUUCAUCAUUAAUUGCUUGUCAUCGAUGGUGGCAUUUUUAAUAAAAAUUUCUAAUGCAAUUUCCAAUA